GUUAUAAAGAGGCUGACCCAGCAGAGAGUGGAGGGGAAUUACAAGGUGCAGGAAAACAGCAGCACCAGACCAGGCUGGGUGUCUGCUUCACUCACCACGACCUGCUCUGCACCAUGGGGAAGGACGGGCUGCUCAUCAAACCAAACAUCUUCCUCCUUCUCCUCUUCUUCCUUCCUGGAAAUACCUCUCCCACCACAGAACCGCAGUAUAUGGUGCUACUGCCCUUUCUGAUACACACUGAUUCUCCUGAGAAAGCCUGUGUUCAGCUGACCCACCUGAAUGAGUCCGUGACGCUGAGUGCCACACUCGAGUAUCAGGGGGAAAACAGGAGCUUGAUUGAUGACGUGGUGUCAGAGAAGGACGUGUUCACCUGCAUCCCUUUCUCUCUUCCAAAAUCCAAUAGCACAUCAGUGGCAUUUCUCACUGUGACAGUGAAGGGCGCGACACUACAGUUCAGGAGCCGCAAAUCGGUGCUGAUCAAGAAUUCUGAGAGCUUGGUCUUCGUCCAGACAGACAAACCCAUCUACAAGCCCGGACAGACAGUUCUGUUUCGGAUCGUCUCUCUGGACAAAGACUUCUACCCGCUGAAUGAGAAGUUUCCAUUUGUCUAUGUUCAGGACCCCCAGAGGAACCGUGUGUACCAAUGGCAAGGGGUGGAACUAGAGACCGGCCUUACGCAGCUCUCCUUCCCCCUCACCUCUGACCCCAUCCAAGGCUCCUACAAAAUUGUCGUGCAGAAGAGCUUCUCAUCCCAUGUAGAGCACUCCUUCAGCGUGGAGGAAUACGUGCUGCCCAAGUAUGAGGUCCUGGUGAAGCUGCCCAAGAUGAUCACUAUUAAGGACACGGAGCUUCCAGUGUCCGUCUGCGGUCUAUACACCUAUGGGAAACCUGUUCCCGGUUUGGUGAAUGUCCAAGUGUGCCGGAAAUUUUCCCAUUCUGCUUCAAAUUGUUACGGAAAAGAAGCAGAAGCUGUGUGUGAAGAAUUCACUAGGCAGGCAGACGCUCAUGGGUGUGUUUCUGGUAUAGUAAGGACCAAGAUAUUUCAGCUCCAGCGUCGGGGAUAUGAGAUGAGUAUCGAGGUACAAGGCAAGAUCACAGAAGAUGGCACAGGAAUAGAGAUGACUGGAACAGGCUCCUGUGGAAUCACAUCCACCAUGAGCAAAAUCAGCUUUGACCUGCUGGACUCUCAGUACAGACCAGGGAUCCCACUCUUUGGGAGGGUGAAGCUGGUAGAUGGCACUGAUGCUCCAAUUGCCAAUGAAACCAUCAUGAUUUCUGUGGAUGGAGACAGAUACAAAGGGAAUUACACUACAGAUGAGCAGGGACAAUCCUGGUUUUCUAUAAACACUACCACCUUCACGCAAGCCUCCCUGGAAAUCCAAGCUGAUCAUAAACCUGAGCUGAACUGUUAUGACAGCGACUGGAUCACACCUUCAUAUGAGCAUGCCAUGCGUAGAAUAAGUCGGUUUUACUCCCCCAGUAAGAGUUUCCUCAAAAUUGAGCCAAAGCCUGAGACAUUAAGUUGUGGAUCCCCCACGGAGAUCCAGGUGCACUAUAUCUUCACACCAGAGGCCAUAGGAGAGCAGAAGAAAAUUGUCAUUUACUAUUUGGUGAUGGCCAAGGGAGGCAUUAUAUUAGCAGACACCCAUGAUCUGACUGUGAAUCCUGGAGGUGCUUACGGGACAUUUCAGUUGACCUUCCCUGUUGAGGCGGCAAUUGCUCCUCUGGCACGGAUGCUUGUGUAUACCACUUCACCCAGCGGGGAAGUCAUCGCCAGUUCAGCAGAUUUCCACGUUGAAAGUUGCCUUCCCAAUAAAGUCAGACUGAGUUUUGUACCCAAGGAAGGUCUUCCUGCCUCCAAGACACGCCUGCAACUCCAUACCUCACCAAGGUCCCUGUGUGCCCUCCGUGCUGUGGACAAGAGCGUUCUCCUCAUGAAGCCUGAAGAUGAGCUCUCUCCCAGCUCUGUGUAUGAUCUUCUCCCACUGAAGGAAAUCCGGGGUUAUAGUUUCAAGGACUACUACCUGGAAGAAGACAACGUAAACCCUUGUGUGUCACUUGACAACAUAUUAUUAAAUGGAUUUGUCUACAUACCCAUUUCUCCUGACGGCGAAGGUGAUGCCUAUGACAUUCUCAAAGAAUUGGGCUUAAAAGUCUUCACUAGCAGCAAGAUCCAUAAGCCUGAAAUCUGCCAGCAUUACGCAGGACACAUGAUGGAAAGGAGUUACAGUAGCCCUAUCGCUGCAUUGAAUCUGCUUGAAGAUUCGGACUAUGAAGUAACAGAACAUAUGGCUGCUGGCAAUCCUGUGGAGACCGUCCGGAAGUACUUCCCUGAGACAUGGAUCUGGGACAUAGUUUCAGUGAACUCUGAGGGAAAUGCUGAUCUGGAUGUGACCAUCCCUGACACCAUCACCGAGUGGAAAGCCAACGCAUUCUGCACUUCGGCAGACACGGGCUUUGGCCUGUCCCCGACAGUGUCCCUCAGAGCCUUCCAGCCCUUCUUUGUAGAGCUCACCCUGCCCUACUCUGUGGUGCGUGGUGAGUCCUUCACGCUGAAAGCCACCGUUUUGAACUACCUGACCGCCUGCAUCAGGGUCAGCGUGUCUCUGGCUGAAUCUACUAAUUUCCUGGCUACACCAGUAGAGAAGCAGGAAGAAUCCUACUGCAUCUGCAUGAAUGAAAGGAAAACUGUGGCUUGGGCAGUAACACCAAGGUCUCUAGGGCAGGUGGAGUUCUCGGUGAGCACUGAGGCCUUGCAGAACCAGCAGCCCUGCGGGAACGCCAUUGUGGAGACCCCUGAGAAAGGGCGGAAGGACACGGUCAUCAGACAGCUGCUGGUGGAGCCGGAAGGGACUGAGGUGGAAACUACCUACAACUCCGUGCUCUGUGGAUCUGAAAAGUCAAUGUCAGAGCCAGUCUCCCUGGUUCUCCCAAAGACUGUGGUGGAUGGCUCAGCCAGAGCAUAUUUCUCAGUGCUAGGAGACAUCAUGGGCACUGCCAUGCAGAACCUGCACCAGCUCCUCCAGAUGCCGUUCGGCUGUGGGGAGCAGAACAUGGUCCUGUUUGCACCCAACAUCUACGUCCUGGACUAUCUGAACAAGACAGGGCAGCUGAGUGAGGAGGUCAAAUCCAAGGCCAUCGGAUACUUAGUGAGCGGGUAUCAAAGGCAAUUGAACUACAAACACUGGGAUGGUUCUUAUAGCACCUUUGGGCCCCGUUAUGGGCAAGUUGGGAAUACCUGGCUCACAGCCUUUGUCCUCAAGUCCUUUGCCCAGGCCCGGCCUCACAUCUUCAUAGAUGAGAAGCACAUCCAGGAUGCUUUGAUCUGGCUCACUCAAAAGCAGAAAGACAACGGCUGUUUCCGUAGUUCUGGGACACUCCUGAACAAUGCCAUGAAGGGUGGAGUGAACGACGAGAUCACGCUGACAGCCUACAUCAUUAUUGCAUUGCUGGAGAUUCCUCUGCCUGUAACC